CCGUUCACACGCCUGCCUGCCUCCUCCUCCCGUCGCCAUGGAAGCGCCCUCCGCGGGCUCCUCCACGAUCUAGCGCUGCGCGUCAUGCGGCGAACCUGAACGGAGCCUGGGCGUCGGACGCCGAGAGCUGCCCGUCUGGGGGGCACGAUCUGGUGCGGCGCGUCAUGGGGAGGAAGCCUGACCCGGUAGCCAAGCCGCACCACUCCGGCGGCGGCGGCGCCUCCUCACCGAGGGCCGCGCGGAAGGCGCCGCCUUCCCCAGUAUUCCUGGGUACCGCGCUGUUCGUUCUAGGGUUCGUGUCCUUGUUCACGGGGCACGUGGUCACCGACGCUGACUGGUCGCGGAUCCGGAGCCGGUGGCGAUCCAAGCAGGUUAGAAUCUACGAACCAAUUGAUAUUUGGAAAUCGAGGUAUUCCAGCAUCUACUAUGGUUGCAGUGGGAGAAGCACGAAUUUCAGAUCUGCUGUGCCGGAGAACAAUUCCACUGGUUACCUGUUGAUUGCUACUAGCGGGGGGCUGAAUCAGCAGCGCAUAGGGAUUACAGAUGCUGUUGUGGUUGCCUGGAUUUUGAAUGCCACACUUGUUGUACCUGAGUUAGACCACCACUCAUUCUGGAAGGAUGAAAGUGACUUCUCAGACAUUUUUGACGUGGACUGGUUCAUUUCCUACCUAUCAAAGGAUGUAACCGUUGUUAAAAGGAUCCCUUAUGAAGUGAUGCUGUCAAUGGAUAAACUCCCGUGGACCAUGCGAGCGCCUAGGAAAUCAAUGCCCGAGUUUUACAUUGAUGAAGUUCUGCCAAUACUCAUGCGAAGGCGAGCAUUGCAAUUAACUAAAUUUGAUUAUAGACUCACUAGUGAGCUCGAUGAAGAUCUGCAAAAGCUACGUUGCCGAGUAAAUUUUCAUGCAUUAAGAUUUGCAAAUUCCAUACAUACUCUGGGUCAGAAACUUGUUCAUAAGCUGAGACUCAUGAGCCCACGAUAUGUUGCAGUUCACUUGAGGUUUGAACCAGACAUGCUUGCAUUUUCUGGCUGUUAUUAUGGUGGUGGUGAAAAAGAAAGAAAAGAACUGGGUGAAAUUAGGAAACGGUGGGAUACAUUACCUGAGUUGAGUGCUGAGGAUGAGCGCAGCAGGGGGAAAUGCCCAUUGACUCCUCAUGAAGUUGGUUUAAUGCUCCGAGCUCUUGGUUUUGGCAACGAUACAAUCCUGUAUGUUGCUUCUGGAGAAAUAUAUGGCGGAGAGGAAACCCUCCAACCUCUCAGGGAACUCUUUCCAAAUUACUACACCAAGGAGGAUCUUGCUGGGGAUGAUUUGAAACCAUUCCUUCCUUUUUCUUCACGGCUGGCUGCAAUUGACUUCAUUGUUUGUGAUGAAAGUGAUGUCUUCGUUACAAAUAAUAAUGGAAACAUGGCCAAGGUUUUAGCUGGCCGAAGGCGAUACAUGGGCCACAAGAGAACUAUUCGCCCAAAUGCAAAGAAACUCAAUGUACUGUUUCAGAGACGGAAUCAGAUGGGCUGGGAUAUGUUUUCGCUGAAGGUGCAGAAAGUCCAGAGGGGUCUUAUGGGAGCACCUGAUGAUAUCAGACCAAAACAGGAUGAUUUCCAUGAAUUUCCAUCGGCAUGCAUCUGCUUAAGAAAACCUAGGAACAUAUCGGCAACAUGAACUGAAAGCUUGGCAGCACAUGCGGUGGACAACAGGAGGAUGCUACUAGUUGUGCCUGCGCUUGCUGCACGGGAGAAAAGAUAUAUUUGCUCUGAAAGAAACAUGGUGGGAUCAACAUGACAGGGAUGCAUGAUGCAUAUACCAAGAAAUAGAUGCCAUGGUGGCAUGGUGCGAUAGAGAUGAAAGACGAGAUGCAUGGCAACUGCCACGUGAAGGAGAUUUUCCAACUGGAGAUCUGCCGUGCCUGUAAAUUGUUGUUUAUAAAUACAUGAUCGAUUCUUUGAAUAUGGUGUGCCUCUGUAUCAUGAUCUUCUGUCCAAGUAAAGCCUCAGGGCAGUUACAAUUAUCUGCCCAGGGCAAAUGGACAAGUACAACAAUAACACUGGCUACCCCCAUAUUUUGUCAUUA